GAUUAUCCCGAAAUUAACUUUGUCGGGUUCUUGAUUGGCCCUAGAGGUAAGACAUUGAGACGAUUACAAGACGAAAGUGGGGCUAGAUUACAAAUCAGAGGUAAGGGGUCGGUAAAGGAAGGGAAAUCUGCCAAGGCGAUUGACGAUAAAUCUAUGGCUUCCAUGAACGGAGCUGACUCCGCUGAAGAUGACUUGCAUGUUUUAAUUACAUCUGAUUCCCAGCAAAAGAUCGCCAAGGCUGUGCAAUUAACUAACGAAGUUAUCGAAAAGUUGAUAUUCUCGCCCGAAGGUCAAAAUGAACUUAAACGAGAGCAGUUGAAAGAACUUGCUGUUUUGAACGGUACUUUAAGAGAAACAAAACCAUUCGACCCUGAAGCUUAUCAAAAGAGACAAAGGAAAACCAUGGAUAUUUCCCAAAUCAUUUGUAAAAUAUGUGGAAACAUUGGUCAUUUUGCUCGUGAUUGUAAGCAAAACAAUGCAAAUGGUAUGAAGCGUCAAUUUGAUACAUAUGAACCUAGACAGAAUAACCCACCACCUCCAAGUGGUACAUCUUACGAAGAACAACCUUGGAAGAAAUCGAGGCCUGAUAUAUUACCACCUUGGCAAACGGCUAAUACUGCUCCACACAGUCUUCCCCCUCCUCCUCCUCUGUUGAUACCAGUACAAUCAGGAACAUACCCACCACCAUCACUUCCGGUUCAAUCUGGAACGUAUCCACCUCCUCCGCCUUCAUCACAAGCACCUCCACCUGGCCCUCCUGCUCCACCUCCGGGAAUCGACACCAAGCCAAUUAAUCAUUUACCACCACCUCCUCCACCUACGAAAACCAAACCACCACCACCUCCUCCAGGUUCAAAACCUCCGCCUCCUCCUCCAUCGGCAAAAUCCAAACCACCACCUCCACCCCCGCCUUCUGGUGCUUAA